AUGGCUGCAAGAAACCUGAGUGUGAAGACGACCUUUGCCCUCUUGGGUUUCACAGAUUACCCAGAGCUUCAAGUUCCUCUCUUCCUUGUGUUUCUGAUCAUGUACGUGAUCACGGUGGUAGGGAACCUCGGGAUGAUAUUAAUCAUCAAAAUUCACCCCAGAUUUCACACCCCCAUGUACUUUUUCCUUAGUCACCUUUCGUUGGUGGAUUUUUGCUACUCCUCCAUUGUGACUCCCAAGUUGCUUGAGAACUUGGUCGUGGCUGAUAAGAGCAUCUCCUACUCCAGCUGCAUGCUGCAGUACUUCCUGUCCUGCUCGGCCGUGGUGACUGAGUCCUUCCUGCUGGCGGUGAUGGCCUAUGACCGCUUUGUGGCUGUCUGUAAUCCUCUGCUCUACACAGUGGCCAUGUCACCGAGGCUCUGUGCCCUGCUGGUGGCGGGGUCAUAUCUCUGGGGUAUGUUUGGCCCCCUGGUACUCCUUUGCUAUGCUCUCCAACUAAACUUUUCUGGACAUAAUGUAAUCAACCACUUUUUCUGUGAAUACACGGCUCUCAUCGCUGUCUCGAGUUCAGAUAUCCACGUCCCCCACCUGCUGCUCUUUGGCUUCGCCACCUUCAAUGAGGUGAGCACACUCCUGAUCAUCCUCACUUCCUACAUCUUUAUUUUUGUCACAGUGCUGAACGUCCAUUCUGCCAGUGGGCGUCACAAAGCCUUCUCCACCUGUGCCUCCCACCUGACCGCCAUCACCAUCUUCCACGGGACCAUCCUUUCCCUCUACUGCAUCCCCAACUCGAAAAAUUCUCGGCAGACUGUCAAGGUGGCCUCUGUCUUUUACACAGUGGUCAACCCCAUGCUGAACCCUCUGAUCUACAGCCUGAGGAAUAAAGAUGUGAAGGAUGCCUUCUGGAAAUUAGUAGACACAAAAGUCUCACUUCACUGA